AGCAGGUGGUGGCGGGUCCCGAGUACCAGAACGAGAAUGGCGUGGAGCGAUUGACGAUGGACACGAAGAACAUGGGCAAGGUGCAGAUGUCGAUCAACACGACGGCGAUCGAGGUGGUGUCCAAUGCGGUGCGUUUGAUUCACAAUCUGAUUAUUGAUGCGGAUAGCAUGAUGCUUCCAUUCAUAUCCUUUAAGUGUUGUUGUGAUUGUGUGAGUUCAUUGAAGUGAGAGUUGAAUUCGGAUUGGAAUUGGGAAGUGAGUUCAUUUGAUUCCUGUGUGUUUUCAUUGGAGUUUUUAGUUUUUGAAUUCAUUGAGAUUUCCAUUCUUUGAAUUCAUUGGGAUUCCCCUUUGUUAUAUUCAUUCGAACUCCCAUUCUUUGACUCAUUCCAACUCCCAUUCUUUGACUCAUUCCAACUCCCAUUCUUUGACUCACCCCUUCCUUUUGGUUCCUUCAUUCCCCACGUUGGCGAUGUGUUCGCCGCCAUUUCGCCCCUCGUCGAUUUCACGUGGCACGAGGAGGUCCGCAACCUCUGCGCCCGCAUUCUCCCCAAGCUCUUCACGCUGCUGGUGAACGGCCUGCGCAACAACCAGACCACGGCGCAGCAGUGCCUGGAUCUCUACAACGAGACCGUGAAGAUGCUGAUCGAGCAGUACACGGCCGAAGACGCCGCGACGGAGCGAAGCUGCAUCGCUGAAUCGCUCCGCGACAUUUUCUGCACGUGCUAUGAGAGCGGCGAUGAGAGCCAUCACAUGUUCCAGAACCAGCGCAUGCCGAUUCCCUCCGACUCGCUGCCCUCGGUGGUGGAAAACCUCCUCGAGUUCCUGAAGGAGUCCGUGGAGAUCUUGGAGGCGAUGUACAAAGAGGUAGAUUUCGAGGACCGCGAGAUGGAGGACGCGCGCAACGAGUUCGAAGAAGAGGCCGGCGAGGAGAAGGACUGCGUGGAGAACCUCCUGGACGCGCUGGGCUACAUCAUCCGCUUCGCGGGCAACUCGAUCGCGCCGCUCUACCAGCAAUACAUCUCUCCCUUCUGCGCCAAGUACAUGGCGUCUCCCUUCGAGUACAUCCUCUUCGUCGGCGUCUGCAGCAUGGACGACCUCAUGCUCUACGCGCCCGACGUCGUCGCCCCCGUCGUCAACGACCUCCUCGGCUUUUUCCACCAGCACAUGCACUGCGAGGACCCCGCGCUCCGCCAGGCCGUUCUCUUCGGCGUCAAGGUCGCCAUCGAGCGCUUCAACGCCGUCGUGGCGCCGCAGGCGCAGGCCAUUCUCUCCGCGCUGCUCCGCGUGGCGCAGAGCCAGGAGGCGGAGGACGAGAAGUACGCGAGCGCGACGGACAACGCGCUGUCGGCGAUCUUCUCGCUGCUGCUCGGCUGUCCCGGCAAUCUCGGACCUUCCCAGGCCGAUCAGGCGCUGCAGCUGUUUGUGAGCCACUUGCCGCUGAUGGAGGACGUGGCGGAGGCGCAGGACGUGCACGAGCGCGUGGUGAUGGAGCUGGAGAAGCCGAACCACGGACUGUUCAACAAUAAAAACGUGAUGGAUGCGGUGAUGCAGGCAUUGCCGAUGAUGCUGCUGCCGACGUAUGAUGACGGAGAUAAUGAGUAUGAAAUCACGUAUGACGAGACGAAGAUGGAGAUUAUGAAGAUUCUGAAGAGUUUGGACAGACGACAGCUGAAUGGAUUGCUGAACGGACUGGAGCCCGACAUGCGGAUGGCUGUGAACAGCAUUUUGAGUAACUAAGCUGUGGAGUGUGUUGUU